GAUGAUGAGAUUAACCAGCAGAGCCAGAUGGUGGAGAAACUCAAGGAGCAGAUGCUGGAUCAGGAGGAGCCUCUGGAGCUGAGCGGGGCCUUGGAGGAGGAGUUCACGGUGGCGCGCCUCUACAUCAACAAGAUCAAGUCGGAGGUGAAGUCCAUGGUGAAGCGCUGCCACCAGCUGGAGAACCUGCAGCUCCAGUGCCGCAAGAUGGAGGAGACCGGCCGCGAGCUCUCCUCCUGCCACCUCCUCAUCUCGCAGAGACUGUAGGGGGCGUGUCCAAGAAGGACAGCCUGAUGGAUAUGGAAGAGUCUGGUGAUGUCAAGCGGGUGCUGGAGCAGCAGAUGAAGUCUCGUCGCGAGUCGCAUCACAAGUAGCUGGGCCGCCUGCGCGACGAGAUCAACCAGAAGCAGAAGAUCAUCGACGACCUCGCCGAGUGUGUGACACUUUUUCACUCUAUCACUCACUCACUGUAUCAGUCACUCACUCUUUGCUCACUUGAUCUUGCGUGCUCUCUCGCUCUCUCUUUCCACUCCCUAUGGGCUACUCGCACGAAAGGCUCUAAUACGCUCGUUUCUUUUCCAGUGGAGCCAGGUGUGUUUGAACCUGCCGCUAUUGUUAAUGUAAUUAGUGUCUCUACACGGACCCCAUUGGAUGUUGCACCUAGUAAAUCAGCACGUUACGAUAAAGAAGGAUUUAUCCAAGUUAAAAUUUGUAUUAUUGGGCAAACAAGAUAUUCAGUGUCGGAGUGAAGAUGUUAUGAGCAGAAUAUAACAGCAGAUGCCGUUAUAACACAGUUAACACUCCAGCGGAAACAAAGCGGCCGUAUUAACAGCCUUCUCGUACUAAAGUAGCCCAUUUCUCUCUCUCACUCUCUUUCCGUUCCCUAAUUGUCUCUCUCUUUCCCCCCUUUCUCUCACUCCAUCACAGCCAAAUGCUGCUCAUCCUCCUCGGUCACCUUCUCCCCCUGUGGAGUGGUGCUUUUGUUCCACUCUUUCUCUCACUCUGUUCUCUUUCUCUCACUCUGUUCUCUUUCUCUCACUCUGUUCUCUUUCUCUCUCUCUCUCUUUAUCUCUUUGUCUUCCUCCCACAUCUCUUCCUCGGUUGCUCAUAGUCACAUAAUUUCUUUCCUCAAAAUAUGUUUGAAGCCCCAGGCACUCUUAACCAACACGCUUACAUUAUACAUCCAGUGCUCUGACUGAAUGCUCUUAUCCCUCUCUCAUCCCUUUCUCGCAUUCCUCUUUAUCUCCUCCUUCUC